GUACAGCAAAAUAAUUGUUUGCAGUCUGACCUAGACUUUCACCUGAUUUUUUUUAGGAUAUGCAUUGUAAUUGAAUACUUACGAUCCAUGUUAAUAUCCAAUUUGAUAUUUGAUUCUUAUUGAUACAGUUAAAAGGCAAUAUCAGCACAUUGUUAUUGUAGAGUGUGCACACAAAAUGAACACACACGUGAUAAUGUAUUUAAAAUGUAUUGAACAUAUCUAGAUUUCAUUUUUAAUAUUCCUUCUCUGGAAUCUCCUGGGGUAACAGACACACACGCACACACGUGAAACUGUCAAGUUAAAAAUGCAAAAUGGAUGGAUUAACAUGGAUGGAAAAUACAAAUGAUAAUUUUGUAAUUGAUUGAUUAUGCCUUCCAGGAAUUUCCACCGACCUGCUUCCUGAGUGAGCUAUUUUCCCUGGCAUUUAGCUCAGCAUUGAAAUGACACCAAUUUACAAUUUUCUUUAAGAUGGAGCUGUCAAUCUAUAUUUGUUUUCAUUUGUGGUACCUGUAUUUUUUCUGAACACUGAUGGGUGGAGUGAUUUUCUUUUCAUAGUGCCUGCAGUCAGGUCGUGAAUUUUAACACAAUUAGGCCUGUUAAUUGCAAUUUAAAGGAGAAAUUUGCAGUUUUAAAAAACAAACACAAUGUGUCAUAAUUCUUGAACCGGUGAUUAUGGUUAGACCUUUGUCGUCACAAUAGUAGUAGUAGCAGCCUCACAUAAUCCCAGCAUUUUAUUUGUAAACUGUUACUGUAACAGAAAAUAUUAUAAUUUUGAACUCUUACUUUUUUGGGAUGCCGCAGGGGUCUGGCUGUGAUGUAGGUGCCAGUAACUGUGUGACAAAUGAUUGACACCUCAAAAAUCACUCCUUCCCUCUCAGAUUAGUUGUGUUUUCCUCUGGUGCGAUGGUUUCUUGUAUAUGAACACAGAGGCACAAGAUUCAACUAGAUGGCUGAUAUUUUUCCACAUAUUAUACGUAGCAUGUAGUGAAGUCUGUGAAGUAGUAAUGGCUGUUUAUACAAAUAUGACCAACAAAUGUGUUUGUGUUUUAAUUGCGACCACUCUUUUUAAUAGUUAGUUGAUCCAACAGUUAAAUACAAUAUUUGACUUAUUUUCAGUUCAGACAAGAUGAUUUAAAUUUAACAUGCUUAACUACUAUCAAGAUAUGAGCAUGAGAAACUGCGCGAUUCAACAUUAAUCCACCCACCACUGUUCUUUUUUUUGUAUUUAUGAAUUAUGUACAGUGUUUGAUGUACAUCUUCACCUUCUACAGGACCAUGGCAAUGGAUUUUUCAAAUGUUGCUGUUUUCUCUAAUUAGGUCAACCUAUCCUUAUCCAUAUGUCAGCUGUGUCUCCAUGUGUAACGAUGGAAGUUAAUACAUAUUAAUCUCUUUUCCCCCCCUCUCCCAUCCUUUUCAUUCUCUCUUCCAAUGCUUAAAAUAGAAGUGGAGCAAAAAGUUUUUCUUUGCCCCGGGACUCUGAAAGCUGUCGCGGAACCCUCCUUUCAGUUUGAAGCGGAGCAACAAGCUGGCGCCUGGUGCAAAGAUCCACUGCAAGCUGCUGACAAGAUCUACUUCAUGCCUUGGACUCCUUAUAGGACAGACACUCUAAUUGAAUAUUCCUCCCUGGAUGACUUCCAAAAUGCCCGCCAAACAGUUACCUACAAGCUGCCGCACCGGGUGGACGGGACCGGAUUUGUGGUCUACGAUGGUGCCGUGUUUUUCAACAAAGAACGUACCCGCAACAUCGUCAAGUUUGAUCUGCGAACUCGAAUCAAAAGCGGGGAAGCGAUCAUCAACAAUGCCAAUUACCAUGACACAUCACCCUAUAAGUGGGGUGGUAAAACAGACAUUGACCUGGCCGUAGAUGAGAAUGGCCUCUGGGUGAUCUACGCGACAGAGCAGAACAAUGGCAUGAUAGUCAUCAGCCAGUUGAACCCCUACACGCUACGGUUUGAGGCGACGUGGGAGACGGCCUAUGACAAACGUUCAGCCUCCAAUGCCUUCAUGGCCUGCGGAGUACUCUACGUGGUCCGUUCCACCUAUGAGGACAAUGAAAGCGAAGUCAGCAAGAGCAUGAUCGAUUACAUCUAUAAUACCAAGCAGAACCGUGGGGAAUAUGUUGAUCUCCACUUUCCCAACCAGUAUCAAUACAUUGCAUCUGUGGAUUAUAAUCCGCGAGAUAACCAGCUCUAUGUGUGGAAUAAUUUCUACAUCCUGAGGUACAAUCUGGAGUUUGGGCCACCGGAUCCAGCACAUGCUCCGCCUUUAUCUCAGGCCAGCGUGUCCCCCCAGCCUCUGAGAACGACAACCGCCACCACAACAACCACAGUGCACCGGGGAGUGGCCAACAACACUACCACCACAACAGGGCCCAAAGAGGGCGGCAAGGGAGCGGCCAAGCCCCCUCCAAUGAUUCUGCAGACUACAUCCCCGCCGCCCCUGGAGUCGUUCCCUUUGCCCGAGCGCUUCUGCGAGGCCACUGAGAGAAGAGACAUCAUGUGGCCUCAGACCCAGCGGGGCAUGCUGGUGGAGCGACCUUGCCCUAAGGGAACCCGAGGCACAGCAUCUUAUUUAUGUGUACUUUCCACUGGGACCUGGCACCCUAAGGGCCCCGAUCUCAGCAACUGUACCUCCCACUGGGUCAACCAGGUAGCCCAGAAGAUCCGCAGCGGCGAAAAUGCAGCAAACUUGGCCAACGAGCUAGCAAAGCACACAAAAAACCCGAUCUACGCAGGGGACGUCAGCUCCUCAGUGCGCCUCAUGGAGCAGCUGGUGGACAUCUUGGAUGCUCAGUUGCAGGAGCUACGGCCGAGUGAGAAGGACUCUGCAGGACGGAGCUUCAACAAGCUUCAAAAACGAGAGAGGACAUGCAGGGCGUACAUGAAGGCCAUUGUAGAUACAGUGAACAACCUGCUCCGACCCGAGGCACUGAAGUCCUGGAAGGACAUGAACAGCACGGAGCAGACGCAUGCUGCCACCAUGUUACUGGACACCUUGGAGGAAGGCGCCUUUGUGUUCGCCGAUAACUUGAUGGAGCCCGCCAUCGUUAAAGUUCCUGCAGACAAUAUAAUCCUGGAUGUCUAUGUGCUCAGCACAGACGGUCAGGUACAGGAUUUCAAAUUCCCACAAUCCACAAAGGGGGGAAUCUCCAUCCAGCUUUCGGCCAAUACCAUUAAGCUCAACAGUCGCAAUGGAGUUGCAAAGCUGGUGUUUGUCCUCUACAAGAAUUUAGGGCAGUUUCUCAGUACAGAAAACGCCACUAUUCAGAUGCCCAACGACGCUUACGGACACAACGUGUCCGUUAAUUCCGACAUCAUUGCUGCCUCAAUCAACAAAGAAUCCAGCCGAGUUUUCAUCAAUGACCCAGUGGUUUUUACCUUGGAGCACAUAGAUAUGGAGCACUACUUCAACUCCAAUUGCUCCUUCUGGAAUUAUUCCGAGCGGAGUAUGAUGGGCCACUGGUCCACGCAAGGCUGCAAACUCCUUGAGUCCAAUAAAACACACACGUCUUGCUCCUGCAGCCACCUCACCAACUUCGCCAUCCUCAUGGCCCACCGCAAAAUCUCGGUCAACAGACAACAUGAGCUGCUGUUGACUGUCAUCACCCGCGUGGGCAUCGUGGUGUCGCUCGUCUGUCUAAGCCUGAGCAUCUUCACCUUCUGCUUUUUCCGAGGCCUGCAGAGCGAUCGCAACACCAUCCACAAGAACCUCUGCAUCAAUCUCUUCCUCGCCGAGUUAAUAUUCCUAAUUGGUAUCGAUAUGACAGAGCCCAGGAUUGGUUGUGCAAUCAUUGCGGGGAUCCUCCACUUCUUCUUCUUGGCUUCCUUUUCCUGGAUGUGUUUGGAGGGAGUCCAGCUGUACCUCAUGCUGGUGGAAGUCUUUGAAAGUGAAUACUCGCGGAAAAAGUACUACUACGUAUCUGGUUACCUAUUUCCCGCCAUCGUGGUCGGCGUCUCCGCAGCGAUCGACUAUGGAAGCUAUGGGACAGAAAAAGUAUGCUGGCUCAAUGUGGAUAAUCAUUUCAUCUGGAGUUUCAUAGGACCUGUCACUUUUAUCAUCAUGCUCAAUCUGAUUUUCCUGGUCAUCACCAUGUACAAAAUGGUGAAGCACUCAACCACCCUGAAACCAGACUCGAGCCGACUGGAGAAUAUCAAUAAUUAUCACGUUUGUGACGGCUACUAUAAUACUGAUUUGCCUGGCUAUGAAGAUAAUAAACAGUUUAUCAAAUCCUGGGUCAUGGGUGCCUUUGCGCUUCUCUGUUUGCUGGGUCUGACCUGGUCCUUUGGACUCUUCUUCAUCAAUGAGGCCUCCAUUGUCAUGGCAUAUCUCUUCACUAUAUUUAACGCCUUCCAGGGGAUGUUUAUCUUCGUUUUCCACUGCCUCCUCCAGAAAAAGGUCCGCAAAGAGUACAGCAAGUGUUUCCGUCACACGUACUGUUGUGGAAGGCUGCCAACUGAGAGCUCGCAUGGCUCAGCAAAGACUUCCACGACACGGACAAGCGCACGCUACUCCUCUGGUACCCAGAGUCGAAUCAGGAGAAUGUGGAAUGACACCGUAAGAAAGCAAUCUGAGUCCUCUUUUAUCUCAGGUGACAUCAACAGCACCUCCACCCUUAACCAAGGAAUGACCGGGAAUUAUCUACUUACAAAUCCUCUUCUUCGACCACAAGGCUCUAACAACCCUUAUAACACCUUACUGGCUGAGACAGUUGUGUGUAACACGCCCACGGCUCCAGUGUUUAACUCUCCAGUGACCUACAGAGAGACAAGGCACUCACUGAACAAUGUGGUGAGGGAUACAAGUGCAAUGGAUACUCUACCGCUAAAUGGUAACUUUAACAACAGCUACUCACUCCGCAGUGCGGACUUCGGCGACAGUGUACAGGUGGUCGACUGCGGACUCAGUCUGGACGACGCUGCCUUCGAGAAAAUGAUCAUCUCUGAGCUUGUACACAACAACCUGCGUGCCUGUAACAAAAUCCACCAACAGCAGCCCCCCGAUUUGCCUCACGCUCCCCAUCACCACCAUCGCCCUCAACAGCAGCAGCUGCCUCCCCCGCCGCUGCAGUACCACCACCAUCCCCACCACAACACGGAGCGGGCUCCACCCAAGGUGACAGCGGUGGGUGGCAGCAGCAGCGAAGAUGACGCCAUUGUCGCCGACGCUUCUUCUUUGGUGCACAUGGGCGAAGCGGUGGGCCUCGAGCUGCACCAUCAGCACGAGCUGGAGGCCCCGCUCAUCCCCCAGCGAACUCACUCGCUUCUGUAUGCCCCUGAGAAGAAGGUGCGGAUUGAUGAGGGAGUGGAAACCCUUGUAGGCCAGCUGACGCCCGACAACAACGACCAGGAAAGUUUGCAGUCUCCAAACAGAGACUCCCUGUACACUAGCAUGCCCAACCUGAGGGACUCUCCUUAUCCGGAGAGCAGUCCGGAAGUUGUGGAGGACUUGUCCCCAUCCAAGAGGAGCGAGAAUGACGACGUUUACUACAAGAGCAUGCCUAACUUAGGAGCCGGACACCAGUUGCAGGCCUAUUACCAGAUAGGCAAAAGGACAAGUGAUGGUUACAUUAUCCCCAUCACUAAAGACGGCUGCAUACCGGAGGGUGAUGUACGGGAAGGACAGAUGCAGCUAGUCACAAGCCUUUAGAUGUAUUAAAAUGAACAACCAGACCUUCUCUUGGCCAUUUUCAGCCGUUUGGUGGACAAACUAGUCAAGGAAGCAGGUGUGUCAUUGGAACUAGCCAUUGAGCGCUCUGCUUCCCCAAACAGGUCACUUCCACUCUUUUCAGCCAAUGUGCUGCAACGUUUUAUUAAAAGUGUACAUAAAAUACAGAAUUUUCAUUUUUAGAGAUAAGCCAAUUAUGUAUUUAAAUGUGCUGCUGCUGUCAAAACUGUACGGUACCAUAAUAGAAAUGGAAAAGGACAAAAAAAAAAAAAAAAGAA